AUGGAUAAUGCAAAUUUAAUCGAAAAAAAUAACGUUCCGUCAAAUAUUUCACGCAUUGUUCCAAAAUUUCCUCCCGAAAUUACCGCAAAAAAUCUUAUCGAAAAAGCAAUUUUAAAACUCGAAACGUCUGGACACACUUCGCGCGUUCCGAAUGCGUUUAUCGCAUAUCGCAUGGCGUUUUGUAAAGAACUUCGCUUAACUAAUAACCAAAUUCUUUCUCAAACUCAACUUUCUUCGUUUGUUAAAGAAGCUUGGGGAAAAGAACCACAAUACGUGCGCAGUGAGUAUCAACGAAUUGCAGCGGAAGCAAGAGAUCUCUACAAGCAAACAAUCCAAAGUCAUAUAAAACCACGGCUUGCAGAGAAAAAAUUAGCAGAAGAACGCACGCCUCAUAAAAAUGAUUCGAAUAUGAGCCAGAAUUUAUACGAAGUUGACCUCACACGCUUUGUGGACGUCAAAAGCAACGAUUUAACUCCAUUCGAUCCGAAUGUAUCAAACAAUACAUUAGGAAACUUAGAAGCAUUAGAUUCUCACUCAUUAUCUUCUGCUGCCGAAAUCGAAUUAGUCCCAAACUUUCUAAGUUAUGAAAAUACUAAUAAUGUCGCAUUUAUCGAAAGCUAUCCAAGCCAACUAAUUACGGAUUCUUUAAUUAAUUCAGGUGAUGUUUAUGACUUUAGUCAAAAUUCGAACCAAAAAGAUUGCAACGCGAUAAAUCAUGAGCAUUGCGAUUGCGAGUGCUGCAAAGACAAAAUUAUGAAAUUGGAAAACAAAGUUAAUGAUUUAGAAGGAAAAGUCUCAUUUUUGAUGGAAUUUAUAGGCUUAAAGUUAACUCAAAAUCAAAAUAAUUUACCAUCUAUUUAA